AUGGAGAAUAGCACAGAGGCAACAGAGUUCAUCCUGUUGGGGUUAACCGAUGACCCCAGCCUUCAGGUUCCGCUCCUCCUGGGAUUCCUGUCCAUCUACCUCAUCACGCUGGUUGGGAAUGGGGGGAUGAUGGUGCUCAUCUACUCAGACCCCCACCUCCACACUCCCAUGUACUUCUUCCUCAGCAACCUCUCCUUUGUGGAUCUGGGGUAUUCAUCAGCCGUAGCUCCCAAGAUGGUAGCUGCACUGCAGUCCGGGAACAAAGGCAUCUCCUACCGUGGCUGUGCUGCUCAGUUCUUCUUCUUUGUGGGCUUUGCCACUGUCGAGUGCUACCUCCUGGCCUCCAUGGCCUACGAUCGCCAUGCCGCGGUAUGUAGGCCUCUGCACUACACCAGCACCAUGACAGUGGGGCUCUGUACCCUCCUGACCACAGGCUCCUACUUCUGUGGCUUCCUCAAUGCCUCCAUCCACACGGCAGGCACCUUCAGACUCUCCUUCUGUGGUUCCAACAAGAUUAAUCAUUUCUUCUGCGACAUCCCUCCACUCCUGGCUCUCUCGUGCUCCGACACACGCGUGAGCAAGCUGGUGGUCCUCUUUGUCGUGGGCUUCAACGUCUUUUUCACCCUCCUGGUCAUCCUCAUCUCUUACCUCUUCAUAUAUGUUGCCAUUCAAGGGAUGCGUUCUGCAGAAGGAAGGAAGAAAGCCUUCGCCACCUGUGCAUCCCACCUCACUGCCGUCUCCAUCUUCUAUGGAACAAUCAUCUUCAUGUACUUACAGCCCAGCUCCGGCCAGUCCAUGGACACGGACAAAAUAGCCUCUGUGUUUUACACGGUGGUGAUUCCCAUGUUGAACCCCUUGAUUUACAGUCUUAGGAACAAAGAAGUAAAAAAUGCUUUCCGGAAAAUGCUCAACAAACUUUAUCUCUAG